AUGCUUGAAACUUCAUCUUCUUGUUUCCGUCCAGCAGCAACCAAAACCAUUGAUAUCAAUCCAUCAUCAGCGCCAACGGUAUCAGGUAAACCUAAUGUCACUACUUGUAUUUAUCAAACACCAGAUUUAGGUCUCAUUUCACUCACUUGGUACAGAAAUGUCAUUGGAAGAUCUCUUCAGAUUGACUUUCGGUUAGACAGCGCUAGUGAAAUCUCUACUAGUUUUAAUCUUCAUAUUAAGCCAUUUCUUUUCUGGAGAAGAAAUGGUUCCAAAAGUUUGAAUCUCAAAGAUUCCACCAAAAAAUCCAUCCAAAUCUAUUGGAACCUUUCUAAAGCUAAAUUUGGUUCCGAUCCUGACCCUGAACCUAAAUCUGGGUUUUAUGUUGGUAUUGUUGUUGAUGGUGUUAUGAUUCUUGUUGUUGGUGAUUUACAAAAUGAAGCGUAUAGUAAGACUAAAGCUACUAUGAAAAAAGCCCCUGAGAAGAAGAAGAAUAAUCAGCCGGUAUUGGUUUUGAGAAGAGAAGAUGUUGUUUUUGGUACUAGUAGUAGUAGUAGAUUUUCUUACUCUACAAAAACAAAAUUUGGUGGUAAAACUAGAGAUAUUUCAAUUGACUGUUCUAGUAGCAUCGAUGAUGAUGAUGAGGAGGAGAAGGAGGAGAACAAACAGCUUUGUUUCAGUAUAGAUGGCGAAAAAGUAGUAGAAAUCAAGAGAUUGAAAUGGAAAUUUAGAGGAAAUGAAAUUAUUGAAAUUGAUGGGAGGAUCCCAAUUCAUAUAUCUUGGGAUGUUUACAGCUGGUUGUUUCAAUCAUCAAGUGAAGGCCAUGCAGUUUUUAUGUUUAGAUUUGAAAAUUAUGAUGCUGAUGAAGAAGAAGAAGAAGAAGAAGAAGAAAUGAUUAAUGAGAAAAUUAGUGAUAUGAUUACUUGCGGAUUUGGGUUUGGAUUAAAGAAAAGAAGAUGUUAUUAUAAAUCAACAAGUUAUUCAUCAUCUUCAUCAUCAACAAUGUCUUCAUCAGUUUCUUCUAGUUCAGUUAUGGAAUGGGCAAAUACUGAAGAUAGUGAAUUAGAUCCUCCUGGAUUUUCUUUAUUGAUUCAUGCUUGGAAGAAGAACUAA